AUGAAAUCUGCAGCUGUGAUAGCAGUUCUGAUUGCCUCCUUGAUACUAGGAACAGGCACUGGCUUUAUGGCAAGCAGUUACAAAAAGGUCAACUGGAUUGUUCGGCCAGCGGACGCCAGCGACAAAGAAGCCGUGGACAAUCUUCUGCAUUUGUCGUACUCAAAUCUCCUGGCUGGUGACUAUGCGCCGGAGAUGCUGGAGACUGCCCUGCCUCUAAUAUGCCAAACACGACCAGAGUUGUUGACUUCCUCGACAUGGUACGUCGUGGAGGAUCCCGACACCGGCGCCAUCGUCGGUUGUGGAGGUUGGACGCCGAAGUCGCCCUUUGGCGAAGAUAUCCCCCACUUGCGCCAUUUCGCAACGGAUCCAAGACAACUCAGGAAGGGUGUCGGGAAGGCAAUUUGGGAUCGGACUUGGGAGGAUUGGUGCAAGUAUGCGGCGAGUCUUGACGAUCGACCCAGCAUGGAAGUGUUAAGCACACUCACUGCUCAGUCGUUCUACGCAUCUUUGGGAUUCGAGAAAGUCAAGGACAUCACCAUCCCGCUUAGGGAAGAUUGUCCCAUCAAGGGCUACUCUCCCGAGCUGAUGGUCAGCGAAGUUUACAGCUGGAGUCGCAUGUCCUCAGCUGAUCCAGGUGUCGUAAGUGCAGAAAAAGAUCGGAUGGUCGCCAAGAUGGAGGCCCUCCUUCCCCGCUUUCACGCUCUGUGUAUUGGCCCGGGUCUUGGUCGAGACGACCGUGUAUUGGAUGCGGUGGCGCGAGUGAUCACGGCUGCUAAGGCCCGCGCUGUGCCCCUGGUCAUCGAUGCAGAUGGGCUGUGGCUCAUUGAGCGUCGCCCCGAGUUAGUGCAAGGCUAUGCCAACGCCGUGCUGACGCCGAAUGCCGCAGAGUUCAGGCGCCUGGCCAAAGCGGUCCUCGGCCGAGAGGACGUCAAUGUCCUCGAACUCUGUACGAAGAUGGAUGGACCCAUCAUCGUCCAGAAGGGUGCUGUAGACCGCAUCGGGCGACCCAAGCUGGAGAAGGCCCUGGAAUGUGCAGAGGAGGGUGCUCCACGUCGGCCAGGCGGUCUUGGGGACUUCCUCUCAGGAAGCCUGGCAGUGUUGGUCGGUUGGGCGGCUCUCCGACGCCGUGAUUUGCUGAGAGCCUGCGAGGCAGCCUGUGUCCUCGUGCGCCGAGCUUGCAAGGAGGCAUUCCGAAAGCAAAAGCGAGCCAUGGUGGCGCCGGAUGUACUCGACGAGGUAGGCGCAGCCUUUGAGGCACUUUGUCCAUCUUGCCCGGUGCCGAUUCCAAGGCAUGCCUGA